CCCCCGCGCCGGCGGUGACGGAAGCGCGUCGGGGUGACCUCACGCCUCAGUAUGGCGGCGGCGGUAGAUUAGAGCCUCGGGCUGAGGCAGCGGCCGCCGCGGUGGACCCUGUGCGACGUGACCGCCUCCGCCGCCGCCGCCCGGUUUUAGACAUCUGUGAUAGACCUCUUAGGAGCUCUGCUGACCGAUUCAAUGGCGUCCUCUGCUUCUGUGCCUCUGGGGUUUCACUACGAGACGAAGUAUGUUGUGCUCAGCUACUUGGGGCUCCUUCCUCAGGAGCAUCACAGCCCCUCACCCCGAGGGGUUCGACUGGAUGUAGCUUCACAAUCUCUGGAUCCUGAAGUUUUAUUAAAAGUUAAAUCUGAAAUUGAAGAAGAGCUAAAAGCCCUGGAUAAAGAAAUUUCCGAAGCUUUCACUAGCACUGGCUUUGACCGUCAUACUUCUCCAGUGUUCAGCCCUGCUAACCCAGAGAGCUCCAUAGAAGACUGC